AUGAUCAGUCACUGGCGGACGUGCACCAAGAUCUUCCUGGUACUGGUGUCGCUGAGGGUCAUAUACUAUACCGUUCUGGAAUAUCCCAACAACCCAAACCACCGCUACCGGCGUCCCCCUUCCAGGAGGACUCCAGACCCUUCGAGAGGAGAGGACUUGUCCUCCGAGAGCAUCAGUCCAACUACUAAUGAUGAAUCAACAUAUUAUAUGGAAGCUGAAACACCAGACAACAAGGACACACCUACAAUGUAUGUUGACGUUCAACCACAAGCUGAAUCAGAAGUUUACCUGGACACAAUAUCCAUUCAGGACUGGCCAUCAAUAACACUGACCACUGUACUGGCCACUCCUCCUCCUCCGUAUGUGUCCCCAGGACCGUACCAUGUAGAAUACCCAUCAGAGUACAUCUUCAUCCUGGAUGAGCCAGAGAAAUGCCGGGAGCAGAACCCCUUCCUGGUUCUGAUGGUGCCAGUGGCGCCCAAUAACAGGGACGCUCGUGAGGCCGUCCGCAGUACUUGGGGCAGUGAGAGGCAGGUACUGGGCAAAGAGGUCCGUCUGUUCUUCCUGCUGGGACUGCCCAGUGGAGAGGAGACAGCGCAGCUCCAGGAGAAGGUGCUGCAGGAGAGCAAAGAGCACCAGGAUCUGCUGCAGAGCGACUUCAUAGACAGCUACAAAAACCUGACCAUCAAGACCAUGGUGAUGAUGGAGUGGCUGAGCUCUCGCUGCCCCAACGCCUCCUACGCCAUGAAGAUCGACUCAGACAUGUUCCUCAACGUGCACAACCUGGUUUACAUGCUGAUUCUACAUUCUCCAAAGGAGAACUACAUGUCUGGACAAGUGGCAAUUGGUGCCGCAGUCCUUCAUGACCCAAGCUCCAAAUGGUAUCUUCCAAAGGAGGUGUUUCCUGAACUGGUAUAUCCACCUUACGCUCUGGGCCUGGGCUAUGUCUUCACCUUAGACCUCCCCAGGAAGCUGGUGGAGGCGUCCAGGCAUGUUAAAGCCGUCUACAUAGAGGAUGUGUAUCUGGGACUGUGUAUGAGACACCUGGGCAUCCGGCCUACUGACCCCCCGAGUGACAACGUCUUCCAAGGGUAUGCAGGAGCCCAGGACCGCUGUCACUACAUGGCUGUUAUCACGACCAUUCUCGACACCCCUCAAGAGCUUCUGGACGUAUGGAGAAACUUACACCAACCUGGGCCUGUCUGUCAUUGAAAACAACACUCUGGGAAAGACAAAUAGCCUUGAGGUUAGAGCGUUGGGCCAAUAACCCAAAAAGGUUGAUGGUUCCAAUGCCGGAGCUGACAAAAUGGCAAAUCUGUCACUG